AUGCUUCUACGUGAUUUUAUUGAUGACUCAUUGUAUAACCCUUCUUAUGGAUUCUUUUCAAAAUCCUCUCAUUUACCUGAAAUUAAGUAUGAAGAAAUGGGACAAGAAGAAGAUCAUAUUCAAUACCUUAAUCGAUUAGUACAUUCACAUGGGCAUAUUAACUAUCGUAAUAUCCAUCAUUUAAGAUAUACUUUAGCUGAACUUUUUAAGCCUUGGUAUGGCUAUGCUAUUGCUAAAUAUAUGGUAUCUGAAUACAAGUUAAAUCUAUAUCCACAUAAAGAUUUGAUUAUAUACGAAGUAGUUGGAGGGAAUGGACAGUUAAUGCCACAUAUUUUGGACCAUAUUAAACGAUAUGAACCUUCUGUUUAUAAGAGAACACAGUAUAAUAUGAUUGAAUUAUCAGAUCGCAUUGUCUCUCCAUCUUUUAUAAAAAGGAACAACCUGUCAAAACAUGAUUGUAUAAAUAUAUUAAAUAAGGAUAUAUUUGAUUGGGAUACAUUAGUGACAGAACAAUGCUUCUUCUUGGGAAUGGAAGUCAUUAAUCGGUUUGCUCAUGAUGUAGUUCGAUAUGACUUGAAUUAUUUUCAACCUUAUCAAGGAUUAAUAUGUAUUGAUGAAAAGAGAAAUUAUACAGAAAUAUUUGAGCCUGUAGGUAAUGAUAAAGUUAUUUCUCAGUAUUUAUCACUUCGGAAAAGAGCAAGAGCAAAAUACAAUCAUCCAUUAACAUCACGCUCAAUACUAUGGCAUAAAAUACGACAUUAUUUUAGUUCAUCUGAUUAUACAUAUCCAGAAUUUAUACCAACAAAACUAUUUCAAUUUAUGACAAUACUUGACACUUACUUUCCCGGUCAUCGACUCAUCCUGACUGAUUAUGCAUCCUUGUCAAAUACAAUUGAAGGCGUAAAUGCGCCACUUGUACAGACGGCUUAUAAUGGUUUAAUGACUCCAUGUUCAUCUUAUCUAUUACCUCCUGGUUGGUAUGAUAUUAUGUUCCCUACUAAUUUUGAAUUAUUAAGAGAGAUGUAUUUACUAAUUUGUCGAAAAUCAAAAGCCGGUAAUGAAAAAGGUGUAAAAACGAUCAAUUAUGAUGAUUUCUUAGAAAGAUAUGGCGAUAUUGAAAAGUCUAAAACGAAGAAGGGAGCACCUAUAAAAUUGAUGCAUCAGCCUAAUGUAAAAGUAUUUUUGACGUAA